GGAAGUGGCGUAAUGAGUGGCCCUCUCAGAGCUCAGCUACUCACUGUAGGGUCGACCGUUUUCCGACAUCAACAUAAAAAGUGUCGGCGGCUCAGUUUGGUGGAACAUGUGUACAAACAUGCCGUCAGGCGGCCUGAACCUGGAGUCACAGCUUUUGUCCAUAAUGGACGUGCUGGUGAAGGCGGCGGUGACGGAAAUCAGUCAGCUCUUCUCGGAGAGCUCGGCGUCGCUCCGCCUGCACUUAACCCAGAGCCUGAAGGAAAACGAAACGCUGAGGAUGAGGAUGAAGGUGAUGAGGAGCGAGGUUUUCUCCCUCCGGCUGCAGACCAGGACGAACCGGCCGACGAGUCGCUUCUCCUCGGUCAGAGGAAACGUCCCCAAACCACGGGCUAAACUACAAGUUGUCAGUAAACUCCCAGUGGCUCAAAAAGCUGUCGGAGAAGCUCCUGCUAUAUCUCUACAAUCGGAAAACAAGACUUCAUCCUCUGCCGCUCAAGUACAGUGUGCAGAUGUGGAGAGUCCAGAUGUCAUCCUAAUUAAAGAUGAAGACGAUGUUGGUGGAUGUGGACCAGCUGGAGGUCAGGACAACUUUGGAAGCUGUGGUACGGAGGGAGGUGUUGCCACUGGGACUCAGAAUUUAGAGCCUACUGGUUCCUCCUGCCUGACGAGUGAUAAUGAGGAUCUAAGAAUCGUGAGUGUUCAUGGCCGAGGAGAAGGGCCUCUGGAGGAAGAGAGUGACACCCUCUUCACUGCCUCUGAACUCCAAGCUUUUAGCUCUCUGUCUCCAGAUCACAGCAUCAGUCACGACAGUCUUCUCAGUUUCACCACUGGUGCCAGUGACAGUGCACCACUGAGGAUGGUGCAGGAUAACAGUGUUGGACUGGUAAGAAACAGACCGGUUGAACGAAAUUCUUCCACUCAAAUGGCUUCAGCGGCAUUGAAUUCUGCAAUAAAAACAACUCUAAUAGGAGCCGAUGGUCAGAUGGGGCACUCCAGUCACAUCAGCCAGUUCUCCCAGCAGCAGAACAUCUUCCCUCACGCUAUCAACAAAUCCCUAGAGUGCAGCUUUUGUGGCGAGCGUUUCCUCAACCGCGAAGACCUGAUUGUUCACCGGGCAAGUCACACAGGAGAGUCGCCUGUCCCUUGUGUCCUGUGUGGCAAGUCGUUCGUCAACAAGACCACACUGAACAUCCACAUGCGCAUUCACACUGGGGAGAAGCCGUACGCUUGUUCACAGUGUGGGAAGCGCUUCACACAGAACGGCAGCCUAAAGAUCCACCUGCGGACUCACUCCGGAGAGAAACCAUACAGCUGCAAUCAAUGCACCGCCAGCUUCAACAACCCCAGCAACCUGCGCCGACACAUGAUAACACACACCAAUGGCAUACUCUGACCAUGGCUGGUGAAAACAUUUUUCCUGUGACUUUUACUGACACUUGUGCCAUGAUGUAUAUUUUAGGGGCAUUGUGUGAAUCAAAUGUUUUGUAUCACCAAGUAUAAAGUCUAUCUACUUUAUAGAAAAUACACUUGUAUUAUCUUUUUAAAUCAAGGAAAACUAGCAAUAGCAAAUCAACUUAGAAAUAUGGUAUCUGGGACGUCUAUAUCCCAGUACUGUCACAUCACCAAAAGUAGAAAAUGUUAAUGUAAACUGUUGAAAUGUUUGCUGAACUACAAACAGUUGAGUCGCAUCUUCAUUCACACAGCUGCCACAUACUCUUAGACGAAUUGACUACAUUGCAGACUUGUGUCUUUAAAACAUGUGGCUUGUUUUAUAUCACUCAUCUUGGCCUUAGAGAAGGGCUUUUCCUUUUCACUUUGUAUGUAUGUAUGUGUGUGUGUGUGUGUUACAUUUAAAAACAAACUACCUCCACUGUUCUCUCUUGUUUUUUACUUGGUUUCUAGUCUGGAUAUGCAAUUCUGAAUAAAUUUCUUUAAAAACUAUUGCCA